CCAGGCAGCGUCAGGGAGAACAUGACGUACAGGUGGGACUCACCUGGAGGAUAUAAAAAGGCAGCGACAAGGAGCGAGUUUCUCAUAAACGCUGCUCGGAAACAGUCGGUGCCCCGGGAGGAGCGCUCGCAAAGAUGGAUCUGAAGAUUAUGGUGUUUCCCCUUUUGUUUCUGUUGCCAACCUUUGACUGUGUUCAGGUGGCAGCUCCCCGAGGCUGCGGCCCUGACUUACUGUCCAUUUACUUCAACCUGUGUGACCUGGAUGCUGUCUGGGGGAUUGUUUUAGAAGCCAUUGCUGCUGUAGGAAUCGUCAUCACUGUGAUAUUAAUCGUAGUUCUGCUGGGCAUCACGCCAUUCAUUCUGGACAAGAGGAAGAAAGUCUGUGUCCCUAUCCAGUGGCUCUUCCUGCUGGGCACAUUAGGAAUUUUUGGCUUGACCUUUGCUUUCAUUAUCAAACUUGAUGAAAAGACAUGUCUGACCAGGCUCUUCCUCUGGGGAGUCCUGUUUGCCAUCUGCUUCUCCUGCCUGUUGGCACAUGUCUGGAGGCUUCUAAAGUUGGUGCGUACAGGGGAAGGUUCCACAGUUUGUAACAUGAUCAGCCUGGUUCUGAUCCUGACUCUGGUACAGGUCAUCAUCGCCAUUGAGUACCUGGUGCUUACCACUGUCCGGUUCCGUAACCAUUCUUUCUGUGAGAACAAAGACUUUGUCAUGUUACUGAUCUACGUUAUGUUUCUGAUGGCACUGACAUUCAUCCUUUCCAUCUUCACUUUUUGCGGCCAUUAUAAAAAAUGGAAGAAACACGGUGCCCACAUAUUUGUCACAAUGUUCUUCUCCAUAGCUAUCUGGGUGGUGUGGAUCGUUAUGUUUGUCCGUGGAAACACAGCUUUGAACAGGAGCCCCGAGUGGGAUGAUCCCACACUCAGCAUUGCACUGGUUGCCAAUGGCUGGGUCUUCAUCCUGUUCUACAUGCUUCCAGAACUCCGGCACAUCACCUGCCCUGCAAAGUCCGAAGAUGAUCCACAAGACAGUGUUGCUCCGAAUCGGCCAACGGGAGGAAUGAAGGGUCUGGAUAACCAGGUUUUCAUCAUGGAGGAGCCAAGCAGAGUAUUCUCUGGGAAUUUUGAUGAUAACGUUCCUUCUCCUUCGUAUCGUAGUCACUCACCAGUCGGCCACAAUAUGUAUGCUGCACCACAGGAUUUCACAAUCCCACGUCCUCAUACCAGAUCCAGCUACCUGCCCACACCCCUCCUACAAGACCCUUACCUCAACUACCAGAACAGACAGACAACAUUCUAGAACGUUCCAGCCUCCUGUAGAGGCAGCAGACUGGUUUUGUUAUAGAACUUCCCAAGCCACUCGUUCACUACUUCCUGCUGGAUUCCAACAAAAGUCUUCAGUUCCUGGUGAUAUCAACUUCUUAAUACAGAAAAUCUCUCUCUUUUUUAAUCUGAAGUAUUUAGUCAACAACCAAUGCUCAUUCGCUCAUUUCCUGGCUGCUGCGCAUUGGCAGGAAGUGAAUCCUUUGGUUAAAAGCAUGGCUUUCCUCAUGGCUGAAUACUCUGGGAAGAAGCUCCAUUUAUAUAUCCAAUGUGAUAUUUAUCAAAAACCAAAAAAAACUGAUCAAAAUGAAUGUUUUAAUCUACAAUGAAUUUGAUGAUCUAUGCUGAAAUGUGUUUUGCUGCAUUGCACUCAUUCAACUAGAUAUGCUACUGGUGGUGAUAUUCAAGUGUAUGUAUCAGAAACACUGAGAUAGCAUCGCUUUUUUAGUUCCCUAAUUCUUUUCUCUCUCUUGCUUUCUAACAAACCUUCAGUUUCUCUUGGGCUUUAAGUCCAGUCUUCACCAUUUGUUUCCUCCACAAACAACCUCCUGUAACUCCAGACGUGUGGUGAUGGACAACAGUACCUUACUGUCUAAAUCCACACAGCCCAGGUAUUGAUAAACUUGCUGUAUUUAGGAACUUUAUCUUUUUUACUUUGAUUUGUAACUCCUAACUGCUGAGAUAUUUUAAUCUGUGAAUUGUCUGGCACCCUACUGGUGCUGGAUCUAAUUUGCUUGAGUGUUAUCUCCCGUAUGUCUUUGUCUUUGUGUGAUACUGCCUGUGGGUCAGGGAGAAGUGCCCAUUUCUGACUCACCAAAUGCACUGAGAAAAAGAAUAACAAAACUGAACACUUGGUGUGUCUCCAUGUUCAGGAGCUGAAGGCUGCACUGUAACUGAAACUUCAAAUCACAGUAGCACCAUCUCUAAGGACUGGGUCACUGGCUCCACAGCAAUGAAGAUCAGUGCCUUGUGAACCAAACCCAUACUCCCCCCAAGUGAUUCAAGCUGAGGGAUCACAAGUGAAAUUAAAAUUCUUUUAAUAUUAAAGGCCAGAGGUGAUAUUGUAUGACUCAUGCUCCCAGUACCCCUCCACUUGCAAAAUUCAUCGAAUAUCUUUGAGAUGCAACUGUCAAUUCUUUGUAACUUUGAUGUAAAUAUUUAUUUAAAGUGUUAAAUAAAUGACUGACUGUGUGGUUUGGCACAUUAUGUCAAACUAAAGAGAAGCAUUUUUG